AUGCUCAAGUCUACUCUUGUCUCCAUCGCCUUGUUGGCUGUUGCCCCCCUCGUUGCGGCUGACAACUGCACUCCCGGCCUCCGAUACUGCGGUAGCACUCUGCUUAAGAAGGGCAAAUACACCGACCAGAUCAACCAGGCUCUUAUGGUUGCCGGCCAGGCCACGGACUACAACCACAUCCAGUACUCUCUCUUUGACUGCCUCGGAGGUUCCAGCGGUGCUAUCAAGUACAUCACCUGGUGUGGUGGCAGCUGCAAGGACAACGGUUCCGGCAAGAGCGAUGCUUGCUCUUAA